CUCCGAAUUUUUCUCUUUAUUUUGAGCCACACAACAAAACCAAUUCAUUUUCCCCCAAUUCUUCUCAAUCUAGGUAUACAGAUUCUGUGCUCAAAUUACUCAAAUUCAAACCUUCAAGAGCGAAAAUGAAUGGCGGAGAUGAAGAAAAGGGUUUAAUAUGGAAGCUACCGAUAGUUAAAUCAAAGCAUUUAGGGAAAAUCGGACCUGGUUUCGGAAUCGGCGUUGGCUGUGGUUUUGGUAUCGGAAUAGGCCUUAUCGGAGGCACUGGUUUUGGUCCGGGACUUCCUGGAUUGCAGCUGGGUUUUGGAUUAGGUGCUGGUUGUGGAAUUGGUAUUGGUUUUGGUUAUGCAGUUGGAAGAGGUUAUGCUUAUGAUGAUAAUCGGAGAUACUCUAACGCCGGCAACGUUUUCAAUCGGCCGGCGAGUUUUCCGAUUCAUGAUGAAGUAGGUCAAUUGCUUGAUGAGAUUGUUACGAAUACUAAGAAAUUGAUCAAAACAACUACACAAGAGUUAGAUAAGUGGAGAAGAUCUUAAUUGUGUGCUGUUAUGGGUAAGUUUCUGCUCCUUUGAAAAUGGAUGUGUCAUUUGCUCUACUCAUAAAAUUAGCUUAGCUUCUUCUUCUUGUAUGGAUACAAGAAAUAUCUCGUGUUUGGUACGGAAGUAAAAAAUAUUAUAUUAUGUUAAAGUUGUUUGUGUAUA